CGCGCCAGCCAGGCCCGCCCUGCCCCGGCGGCAGCGGGGCCGGGCCGGGCCGGAGGGAGCGCGGCUGGGAGCGGGGAGCUCCGGCCAUGGCGGCUAACGAGGACCAGGAGAUGGAGCUGGAAGCGCUGCGCUCCAUCUACGAGGGAGACCUGUGCUUCAGGGAGCUCAGCCCGGUGUCCUUCCAGUACAGGAUAGGUGAAAGUGGAGAUCCCAAAGCCUUUCUAAUAGAAGUUUCUUGGCCAGAAACAUAUCCACAAACAGCACCCGUCAUAUCGAUGGAUGCUUUCUUCAACAACACAAUAUCUUCAGCUAUUAAGCAAAGUAUAUUGGAUAAGUUAAUGGUAGAAGUUGAAGCAAAUCUUGGAACUGCAAUGACAUAUACACUUUUUGAAUAUGCCAAAGACAAUAAGGAGGUGUUCAUGGAAAAUCAGCCUGUUAACACUGUGACUUCAGUAAGCAAUAGUAUUUCAAUUGGAACUCCUGAUGUGCCACCAAGUAAGAAAAAAGAGAAAAAGGAGCAGUUAUCCAAAACCCAGAAACGAAAACUAGCCGAUAAAACAGAUAACAAAGGAGAGCUUCCACGAGGAUGGAACUGGGUUGAUGUAAUUAAGUUAAGCAAAACUGGUUCUAAAGAUGAUGAAUAA